CAAAAUACAUUCGCCAUUAAGAAUCAUUAUGGAUACCUGCAAAAUUGUGUUGAUGAUACUUAUAUUUUGUUUUAUCUACCUUUUUACAGUAACAGACGCUUAUGAGACAUGUUACUCCGAUAGCCAGUGUCCAUUGUCGAGCUAUCAUUGCUGUACUGGUACAAGAUACUGCUGUCCGUGGGGUACUGUCUGUACAGGGACUAUCAACUGUAUAAGUAUUGGGACAAUAGUUGGUCCUAUCGUCGGAGGAGUGGUUCUUAUCAUUAGCUGCAUCGUAUGCUGUGUGUGCUACAAUCGCCGAAGGCGCCAGGUGCCGCCUCCAGCAGUUGUUUACGGACAACAACAGCAAGUAGUUGCAAUUGGACAACAAACAACAUAUGGACAACCUCAGGCUUAUGGACAACAAACAUAUGGACAACCUCCAGCUUACGGGCAAGGUUACGGACAACAACAGACAAAUGGACAAGGUUUCGGUGCACCCCAAGACACAGCAGAUAACAAAAUUAAGUUGUAGGCAGUGGAAGAAAAAAUGAUAUGACAUUGUCAUCUAUAUUAAAAAAUACCUAUCUCUGUAAUCGUGAUACGUUACGGUAAAGUUGGACACGAACAAAUAAUUACUUUGCUUCUCAUCAGACAGCGUUGGA